AUGACUGCUCGCGAUCAAAUCCGUGCUAUGUUGGAUCAAUUGAUGGGAACGGAUAAUGCUGAUGUCAUGAUGGGUUUCAUAAGCUGUUCGAGCAGCAGUACUUCCAAACUAAUUCUUGUGAGUACAGCCAAGUCAACGAUGUCGUUCGAAGACCGUCGGGUAUGUCGACCAUUUUUACUCAGCUGUUGUCCACAUGAGAUUCUUUCCGGGACGCGCGUAGAUAUGGGCGAAUGCAAUAAAGUACAUGAAUAUGCACUACGUGCUGAUUAUGAACGUGCAGCAGCUACACGUAAUUUGUACUAUGAAAUGGAUGCUUUGGAAGUGUUGAACAAGUUCGUUGCUGAAAGUGAUCGUAAGACUGAACAUGCGAAGCGAAAACUUCAAGAAACGCAAGAAGAAUUAGGGGAGGAAGCAGCAAGAAAGAUGAAUUCAAUUCAUGAAUUAGGUGAACAAAUCGGUACGAAAUUAGCUAGGGCAGAAGAAUUAGGUGCUGAAGGCAAUGUUGAUGAAUCGAUGAAAUUAUUGGAAGAAGUCGAAGAAUUACGAAAAUUGAAAUCCGACUCGGAACAAGAUUUUCGUGCGACUAUGCCAGCGUCGACUUAUCAACAACAAAAACUGCGUGUUUGUGAAGUCUGUUCAGCUUAUUUGGGUAUACAUGAUAAUGAUCGUCGGUUAGCUGAUCACUUCGGUGGAAAAUUACAUUUGGGUUUUAUUCAAAUACGCGAGAAACUUGCUGAUUUGAAAAAACGUGUCAACGACUUGAACGAAAAACGCGAGCUCGAGAGAAAAAAUCGACGAAGUUCACCUGUCGCCUCAUCGAGACAUGAGGCUCGCAGUGAUCAUCGUUCAACACCACACAGCAGCAGUCAUAGUCAGUCGAGGAAAAUGUCUAGUAGAGAUAGAGACCGACGACGAUCACGAUCACGUUCAAGAUCAGAUCGUCGUUCGUCGAAAUAUUCACGUAGUCAUCGCUCUUCACGUUCGCGUUCACAUAGUCGAAGAAGACAUAGUAAACGUUCACGUUCACGAUCCGGCUCGUCUCGCCGCCAUCGUCGUUCACGUUCGCGUUCGCCUUCAGGAAAAUCCGCCUCUCGACGUCACCAUCGACGUGAUUCAAGAUCACCUGCACAUUCUUCAUCGAAUUCCAAACCAAACGGCAGUGGUGAUACUCAAUACAAGGACAAAUCUGAGGAUCAGAGUUCAUCUAGUCAUGUACAUAACAAUGACGAUGAUGAAGAGACAACUCGUAUCUUAGAAAACAUUCAACGAAAGUUCGAUUUUGAAUUUCGUCUUAGUUGUUAUUUAAUUCUUUGGUUAUCAUUUACUUUUAUUCUGAUUAUCUUUACUUGGUAUCGGUACAGUCAAAGCAUUAGUCAACAAUUAUCCAAAACGAUCUCAAGCUUUGAAUUACACGGUCGAUCACGAUCGCAUAGUUCAUUGAAUAUCUUAACUGCGACUCCCAUCGGGACCACCGCCGGUGUUCCUUCGAAGAAGCUCGAUUAA